UGGAAAACUCAUAUAACCCGCUAGUUUGAAUUUCCGAGAAUAUCAAAUACGAAACUCAAAUACCUACAAUUUUCGCGCCAUAAGUAAUGUAUUAAAUCCCGUUGUUCCGAGUUCAAGCAUCCCAGUGCCUUAUUCGACGCUACUUUUUCGAACCAUAUUCUAUUGCCGUUUAUGGUCGAUGCUCGUACCGUCAAAAAACUGUUUGUAUGCAGUUAUAUGAAAUGCAAUAGUACAAAAAUGUUUAUCACGAUAAAUAUCAAAUUUAUAACGCUAGUAUGUAGUGGUUUCUUGUUCGGGCUAUUGAAUGCUACGCCACAUAACAAUGGACCACAUUCACUACUAAAUGCAACAACUACUGCAGAACCUAUGCUUAAUGUAUCAACGACUGUUGCAAAUAAUUAUACUCCAACUCACACGACACCUGUGCCUACCACAGCUUCGAUGCUCACCAAGGCUCUGUUGACUACAAAAACAAUACCUGACACAACGACUGAAAUUCAGUCGACGCAAGCUUCCAACAAUGUGUCACCUGUAAUUUCAAUGUCAGCUGGUGAUUCACGAAUGAGAACUGGGCAAAACACGAUUACAACUACGGCUGAACCACCAUCCAUUAAGCCUGUAGAUUCUUAUCAUCACUUUGAUGGAUUGAGCUUUGCAGGUGGUGCUUUGGUUGCCAUAGUUUUCGUAAUUCUUGGCUCAAUGGCCUGGAAAAUGUAUUUAGCUCGCAUAGAACGCAGCUAUUGGACACUCUAAGACUUUGGAGAAUUUUAUAUAGAUUAUUAUCAAGACUGAUUAAUCCACAAAACUCUCAAAUAAUAUUUUGAGAUGUCAAAUAUUUUCAAGUUAACUUUUGAAUGAAGUUGGAGCCACAUGCCAUUUAUAGACCAGGGGGAAUGAACUCUUCAUUCAAUAUUUCUACAUUCGAUUCUUCAUACUCUUUGUCUAUUAGUAACAAUCCAAUAUUAUCGAAUAUAUGUGUAUUGUAAUGUAAAAUAAACAGUAGAAUAAUAAAUUUCAUGUGUGGCUGAA